AGCCAUGGGUCAAGAAGUGACAGGCGAAGGGUCAUGGCGAAUCGCAGGAGUCAGGCGUUGGCCCGGGGGGCUUUGGUGCUCAUGGUCCUGAGCCUUGAGGUUGCCUUUCUUCAGCCCAGUCGCCUUCCGCGAUCAAAGACAGCAAUGAGAGUGAAAGUCUUCGACUUUCCUUUCUUGAACUCUGAUCAAGAGCAGGACCCAGAAGAAGCCGGCACACGCUCGGCACGACAGGCUGGCGAGACUUCCCGGGUUGUGGAGGUGUCCAUGCCGCUAGGCAUGGACUUUGAGGAGCGUGCUGGCGGGGACAUUUACAUCAAGUCUGUGGAGAAAUCCAGCGACGCCUAUGCGCAGGGUAUUCGACCCGGAGCACAGCUGGUCAUGAUCAGCGCCACAUUUGGGGAUGAGAUGUGGAACACCAGAAACGUGGGGCUGACUCAGUUCUUCACGGUGCUGAACUCGCGCUUCGGCUCGACGAUGAAGUUGGCCCUGGAGAAGGAAGACCAAAACGUGCUCUCGGCUUUCAUGGACGCCUUUGCACGCCCGAGUGAGGAGCCAGACGAGAAGAAGCAGCAAGAUUUAGAGGCGGAAUUCGAUCAAGAGGAGGAGAAGCUGAAAAACGGAGGGAUGUGGAAUCCGUUCCGCUGAGAGCCCGGCGAGCCUGAAGUUCCCAUUUCGAUCCACUUCCGCUUCGAUCAUUUUCGCUCAAAGAGCCCAAAUUGAAGUGACACGGACACGGACACGG